UUAUUUUUCCUGUCCCUUGAAAUCUGAUGCAAGUUAAACCACUUAUUUAUACGAGGCAAAUUCCGUAGAGUUUGCGAAACCUGUGAGAGUCCAUCCCUCCGUGUGAAGCCCAGGCCGAGCUCCUGGGGUGCUGAGAGCCUAAGGCUGCAGCCCUGUCCCUGCCGUCUGCUCCCGCGGGCCGCGCCCCUCUCCCUGCCGGGGGCGAGCCCCAGAGGCCCCGCUAUGCCACCGGUCUGGGUUAACAGCACGGCAGGGGUGUGCCGGACGCUGGCGGGACCGGGCUGCGGCUCGGGAGCAGCUGGCACGGCGCCCCGGGCCGCCGGACGCUCCGCGCGGUGCCGGCCCCGCCGCCGAGCCCCGCAGGCCGCGCUGGAGGGGCGCCCCGGCCCUGGCGGCGGCAACGCCCCCCACAGGCGAGGCGAGGCGCGGCGCCGCUCCAGACCCGCCCGCGGGGCCGCCGCCCCGGGACCCGGUGCCGGCGCCGCCGCCCGGGGACGGGCCGGGGAGAAGGAGGAGGAGGAGCGGUGGCCCCACGGCCGCCCUGGUGCCGCCCGCGGUGCGGCCCUGCUCCCCGCCGCUCCUCGCCGCCAUGAGCGCCGGGCAGGCCGCGGGGGAGGAAGCGGACGCCGCCGCCGCGUCCCCGGCACUUCCCAGGGUGCUCUCGGCGCUCUUCUACGGGACGUGUUCCUUCCUCACCGUGUUGGUCAACAAGGUGCUCCUCAGCGCCUACAGAUGGCAGCCACUAUACUUAUCUUGUAUGUGUCAAAACUGAAUAAGAUUGUUCACUUUCCUGAUUUUGACAAAAGCAUACCUGUGAAGUUGUUUCCUCUGCCUCUGAUUUAUGUUGGAAACCACUUAAGUGGAUUAUCAAGUACCAGCAAACUCAGUUUGCCGAUGUUUACAGUGCUCAGGAAGUUUACCAUUCCACUUACUUUACUGCUGGAAAUCAUCAUACUUGGGAAACGAUACCCACUGAAUAUUAUAGUCAGCGUAUUUGCCAUCAUUCUUGGGGCUUUCAUAGCCGCUGGGUCUGAUCUGUCCUUCAAUCUGGAGGGCUACAUAUUUGUGUUGCUAAAUGAUAUCUUCACAGCAGCAAAUGGAGUUUAUACCAAGCAGAAAAUUGAUCCAAAGGAGUUGGGAAAAUACGGUGUCCUGUUUUAUAAUGCUUGUUUCAUGGUGAUUCCAACGGUUAUUAUUAGCUUUUCUACUGGAGACUUUCAGCAGGCAACACAUUUCCAGCACUGGACAAAUUUUUUAUUUGUCUUUCAAUUUAUUCUUUCCUGCUUGUUGGGGUUUCUCUUGAUGUAUUCUACUGUCCUGUGCAGUCAUUACAAUUCUGCACUCACAACAACGGUAGUCGGUGCCAUAAAGAAUAUAUCCAUUGCUUACAUUGGAAUGUUGAUUGGUGGAGAUUACAUAUUCUCCAUGUUAAACUUUGUAGGGCUAAAUAUUUGUAUGGCAGGAGGACUGAGAUACUCAUUUUUAACAUUAAGAGGAGACAGCAAGCCUGCACAACCUGGGGAUGAAGAGAAUACACUUCCAGUGUCAAAGAGUUAGACGAAACGCCUGCCUUGAUAGAGACUGAAGAUGCAAGUUUUUUUAACAUUGCCAAGACCUUAAAUAAGUAUAUGCUGGAACAUAUUUGGAAUAUCAAAAAAAAAAAUCUACCUCACUUGUCACAGACACGCACACAAUUCACUGGCUCAGACAUAUUCUUGCACACCAUGUUUUUUACAUGUAAACUAGUUGGAUUUUGGCCUUUUUUUAAUUCUGCAAGUCAUUUGAUAGGAGGGAAUUUUAUGAGAAAAUUUCAAAUCGUAAAUUUCUUCCUGUACUUGGGUGCUAUUUCAAUAAGAUAUUUGAGCUCUGUUUCAGUGACUGCCAGUAGUUUCUUGAAGCAAAACCCCCUGUAAAGAUCAUGAGGCUUAAUUCACCAUUGCCUUAUGCCAUAUGCAAUCUUUAAUAUCAGUGAGGAGGUGAAAGACCCUAGUGGUUCAUGUUGAUUUGUAUUUGCUCUUGAGUAAGUGAUAUAGAACAUACAGGGCAAAGAGGGUAUUCGCCUGCAGAUUGUUCCCUGUGUGUCAACUAAAAAAUUCAGGUAAUGUCCAUGUGUGUAAAUUGUGUAGGCAUUCUCUCUCUGUGUUUCUCUCAUCCUCAAUCACACCAUGGUGUUAUGCAGCAGUCAUCACUGUUAUUAAAAAUGAGCCCUCAUAACUUUGCAGCAAGUGAAGCAGAGUAGGGAAAUGAUGGGGGAUUUUUUACUAUUUAAAUAUUUUUUUGAACGCGUGUCUGUGAGCCAGUACCAACAAAUCUGUUUUUGUUAAGGUACAUUUUUCUUUUUAUACACGGUCCCCUCCUCUCACAUUUUGUCUGUAACCACCUUGCUGCAGAGAAGUGGUUGUGAAGCUGUGUGAAGCUAGCAUGUGAAGCUGCUAGUUUAUGUCUAUGUGUUACUAUGUACUACUAUGAACAAACAUAGUAGGGAAGGGAAACAGAUAUGUGAAAGACUGACUUGUUUUUCAAUAAGGAGAAAUGGCUAGUGUCCUGUUGUGUCUCGUAUAUACAGUAAAAGCUUAUCUAAUACUAGUUUAUGCUUUUGAUUCUAUGCAAGGAAUCAUAAUGAGCCUGGGGAUUACUACAGUAGGCUCAGCUGGUACAGGGGUUAAGGGGCCCAGACUGAUGGUCUGAGUUAUCAUCUGGGACAAUAGCACCCAUAUCUAUAUUUCAAUAACACCUAUAUCUGUAUUUCCUUCUUUGGAAAUACUUGGUAAUAUUUACCUGUAUCUGAGGAUAAAGUGUUAACCUUUGAAAACAUGAUAGGAGCAUUGAAGUGUUGGAAGACAGCAGAGAAAUUAAUCUUGUAGAAGUUCUCAAUUCCCUGCAAGCAUGAACCAAGAUUUUUGAAAAUAAUCAAAUUGGAAGAUUUUGGAAGACUUUGACACGGAACCAGGGUGAUCUAAUGACAUAUUUGAUCCCCACUUAAAUUAAAAUACAACUAAGAAAAUCUGAAAAGCACUACUCUGUGUGUAGCACAUCAAUGACCAGUCUGAAUUAGAUCUGCAAAACACGUGGGUAACUAAUACCAGAACCUUCAGGGAGUCACUCCCCACAUGGAUUUGAAUGGCAAGAGGAGCAGUGACUGCUGAUACUAGAAGUGUCAUUUAAAGGCACAGUCAAAGUGAGAAAAUAAAUCUGAGCUAUCCAUUUUCUUACAAUUGGCUAAGAAUAUGAUCUUCAUUUCUAUCUGCUGAAGGCCUUUGAAGGGAAAGCGUUGCUGCAAAUAUUUUUCAGUGAUCUUCUGUUUUUAAAGAUUUCCUUUAUGCUUAAAAACCUUCAAUAUUUUUGAGUGUAUUCUUUUAUAAUGCUCCUCUUUCUUUAGAUCAUCUCUACCUCCACAAUUCCAAUUACUGAACCUUAACUCUUUGACAUGAGACAAGGUAUUGGAAGGUUUUCAUUAAUUUUGAAAUUAGUAUGAGUGCCAUUUGAUUGCAAUACUGAUGAACACACAGAGGCACCUGCUAAGUAAGAUGUAGUUCCCACAAAGGAACGCCUAACAUAUGCAUAUAAUUCAUUAAUAUUUUUC